AUGGUUGAUUCGCAACUAGCACAAUUGACCGAGAGGGUUCCUUUCAACUCAUCUUCCACUUUGCCCGGACAAUCACAAACCAACCCUUCCAAUAUUGUGAAACCCGACUCUUGCAAGGAAAUCACAUUGAGAUCGGGUGCAUCUUAUUAUGAGGGUCCCAAGGAAGAGGAUGGCAAGGAAAAGAAGGAGGGAGAAGAGGAGAUGAGUGAAGAUAAAAAAGUUGAAGAAGAGAAGGUUGAUGAGAAAGAGAAGAGUAUGGAGAAAAAGAAGUCUAAGGAUGUGGUGACAUCCUCAACUUCUAGUGAGGCUAGAAACCUUGAUGGACCGGUUCCUUUUCCCGGUCGGCUUGCGGAGAGAAAAUUGAACGAUAAAUUUGAAAAGUUUCUAAGUGUGAUGAAAAACUUACACAUUAACCUCCCUUUCAUUGAGGUUGUCACACAAAUGCCCUCAUACUCCAAGUUCUUGAAAGACAUUCUCACCAACAAAAGGAAGCUCAAUGAUGAGCUUAUCACUCUUCCCCAUCAAGUGAGUGCACUUGUUCAACACAAAAUGCCCAAGAAGCAAAAGGAUCCGGGAAGCUUCACCUUGCCGGUCAAGAUUGGGAACAUGGAAGCUAGGGGUGCCCUAGCUGACCUCGGAGCAAGUCUACCUUGUGGUGAGCUUGAAGAUGUCCCUAUUCAAGUUGGGCAUAUCUAUGUGCCAUGUGACUUUGUAGUGAUGGAUAUGAAAGAAGAUGUGGAUACACCUUUGAUUUUGGGCCGUGAAUCCCUUAUGACUUUGGGGGCGUGCUAUAGGGUUGAUGUUGUUAAUGAAGAGCUAGAUCGUUUGGGAAGGGUUAUGAUGAGUCCUCAAGAUCCAAUGGUUGAAGCUCUCACAUGUGAGGAAGAGUACUUCUCCCAAGAAGCAAAGGAGUUUGCUAUGGCCAUUAAAGAAGCCAAAGAGGAGGAAGCGAGUGAUCCUAAGCAUGAUGAGGUGCCGUACUUGGGCAAAAGAAAGAAGGAAGAUCUUGUGUCAUCUACUAUGCAAGUAGAACGCUCGACUAAGCUCAAAGGAAUUAUACCACAACGGAGUAGGAAAUGCUAG